CAGGCAGGUACUGUCCCCUUGUACACUGGUCGUGGAGGUAUAUGCACGUCUGUGUAUACAUACAAUGUCGUGUACAUGUACAGUGUAUCUGACAAGGGAUGGAAGUCCAUCUCACUGGAAGUCUUAGUUACAGCGUUCUCCGAUAUACAGUACACUCGAGCCGCCUCUGAUAUCCGGCUCAACAAGUACAGGGAAAUAUUAAUGCUAGCGGUGUUCACUGUGCCUUUUGCGUUCUGGACCGCGUUACCAAACAGAUACCCAUUUAAAGAUUUAUAAAGUACAAAACAAUGGCGGAUAAUAGUCCACAAAGAAGUGAUGACGAGGGAAAUAAUCCUAGGGAAGAGGAAGAUAGAGGUCAAGGUCAGACACAGGAGUCACCGAUUAAGCCGUCGUCAAGGUCAGCUUCUAUGACAUCAGCGGGUUCCAACGCUUCGAAAUCAUCCUUCCGUAAGGAAACUAGACCACCGGAAGUUCACAGAGCAGCGCCACCUAUACCCGUAUCCGUAAGGACAUCAAAGUACGAUAACACGUAUGAUAUCACGUAUGAUGACAUUACCCUGAACGAGGGCGUCCAUCGUCAGGAACAACAACAACAACCCAGCCCGCCGACCCAGGCCUCCCUCACGCCGACGACAGUGCCUCCAACCCCUACCCCUAAACCUCGAGCCAGUGCUUCCCAAUACAGCAAUGAGCCUGUCAUCCCUCAUAUUGAUCUCUCGGACAGGGACCCAACACGCAUGAACGACGACGUGAAGGUGGAUUUUGAUGACCUGUUCGCCGAACCUGAUGGCGCUCACAGUAUCGAUUGUGUAUGGCAGAAUAGUGCCCUUGUUUUCACAAGAACUAAGUUCUGGUGCUACAGAAUCCUAACCGCCAUUUUUGCAAUCCCUUGUGCGUUCUGUUGGGGCAUCAGUUUCGCUUGCCUCACGUGCGGCUUUGUGUGGAACGUUCGACCAAUGAUCAGGCGUUACGCUAUAGAAAUAAUCCCUUGUGCUCAGAUAUGGAGAAUAUUCAUAGAGGCAAUAAUAAGUCCCAUAUUUGAAUCUUGCGGAAAGAUAUUCAGUGGAAUUAUAAUAACGAUGAAGAAAGAGUGAAGAGGCUUGUAUAACUACGCCAAACACAAUCCGCUUGAUGUCAUGCGACUAAUAUUUACACUUAUAUGCAGUAUCCAAACUUGUAUAAAAUGUUUACAGUUGAAUAUGAUUUUUUUUCUUAAUAAUAAAACGCCAUCAUAUCGGAAUUGUGUAUGUA